AUGGAAAGAAAACCAGAAUGGCUACAAAAACAUAUAUUUGGAAACGAGCUUAUUCCAUAUGGACAAGCUAUAUUUGAAGAGCUUGAACUGGAAACUCAGGAAAGAGUCAUGCAAACAAUACGCGAAGACUCAAAUACAAACUAUGACAAAAUCUUUCUAGGAUAUAGGUUACCUGAGAUGGGCGACCAGAGCCCAAAGGCAAAAAGGACAUGGGAAAUUUACAACAUACUAGGUGAACAUGAGGCAAAGAUGCAACAACUUGAAGCAGAGGGCAAGUUACCAAAAGCGACACCAAAGAAGAAGAGUAGAACAAAGUGA